AUGAGACAGCUUCUCGACUCUCUAUUCAAGGCCGCCCACAACUACCGCAACACAAGCAGACGCAAGGGCAACCCAGAUGGCCAACGGCCAGCGUCUCUCACCUGCGGUAUGUCUUCCACUGUUCCUGCAUCAACAGAUGGCCAAAUCCAGCAGCCAACCCUCCUGCCCCUGUGUCAGACAUGGGCCGAGGGACCCGUGGUGACGCUGUUUUUAGACUUGGACGAGGAAGAUGUGGCGAUGCUGAGGGGUCAGAUUGGUGAGCUGAAUGAGCAUCUGUGCAUGUCAGAUAAGAAGACCAAGGUGAUGGAGGCUAGGAACCAGUGGCUGGAUGAGGAGGUUGGGAGGCUUAAUUUGCUUUCUGACCGGCAUAGGGACCAUAUCAGAUCACUGCAGAGGGCGCUCGAUGACAAGAAGGGAAUUAUUAAUGCCGAUGACGAUGACAACGAAGAUGAUGAGGAUGAUGAUGAUGAUGACUGUACCUGCGGUUAUGACUGCGGGUAUUCCUGCCACGGUGUCUUUAGCGGCUACAGAUACUGA